AUGCCGUCGGGCCCUGGCGCCAACUUGUACUCCGCGGGCGCGAUGCUGAUGGGGUCGCUCAGAGGUGGCCUCAAGGUCCUCGCGUUCAGCGGGAUGCCCGUCGGAGCCUUCACGUGGCACGCGCGAGUGGAGGGCGUGGUCCUGCCCAGAUUCGGCCAGCGGGACAAGUUAGGGAUCCUGCGGCCGGGCGGCGGCGGAUCUGCGGCCGCGCUCGGGGUGGUGGACACAGGCGCGACGUUCUCGGCCGUCAGCGACGCCGCCGCCCCCGCGCUUGGCGUGCGGGCGCGGGGCGGAGGCACGGAGGUCUCGGCCGUGGGCGUGGACGGCCGCCCGCUGAGGCUGCCGCUCGCGCAGGGCGUCUCGCUGCCGCUAGGGGGCGCCCGGCUCCCGGCGGGGGGCUGGGCCGAGGCCGUGGCCCUGGAGGCCGACGCCAUCGCCGUCGGCGACCUCCCCGCGCUGGAGGGCCUCAUCGGCGACCAGAGGCCCGCCGUCCUGCUCGGGCUGGACGUGCUCGGAGACCGGCGGCUCGUCUCGGAGGGCGCCGGCUGA